CUCUCGGGCCUGACAAGUCCUUGUGCUCUCUCUCUGUGGUGAUGACGGUGAAAACCGAGGCUGCUAGGGACACCCUCACUUACUCCAGGAUGAGGGGCAUGGUAGCAAUUCUCAUCGCUUUCAUGAAACAGAGAAGGAUGGGCCUGAACAACUUUAUUCAGAAGAUUGCCAAUAACUCCUAUGCAUGCAAACACCCUGAAGUUCAGUCCAUUUUGAAAAUCUCCCAACCUCAGGAGCCUGAGCUCAUGAAUGCCAACCCUUCUCCUCCACCAAGUCCUUCUCAGCAAAUUAACCUGGGCCCAUCAUCCAACCCUCAUGCUAAACCAUCUGACUUUCACUUCUUGAAAGUGAUCGGGAAGGGCAGUUUUGGAAAGGUUCUCCUGGCAAGACACAAAGCCGAAGAAGCAUUCUAUGCAGUCAAAGUUUUACAAAAGAAAGCGAUCCUGAAAAAGAAGGAGGAAAAGCAUAUUAUGUCGGAGCGGAAUGUUCUCCUGAAGAACGUGAAACACCCUUUCCUGGUGGGCCUUCACUUCUCUUUCCAGACGGCUGACAAACUGUACUUUGUCCUAGACUACAUUAACGGUGGAGAGUUGUUCUACCAUCUCCAGAGGGAGCGAUGCUUCCUGGAACCACGGGCUCGGUUCUAUGCUGCUGAAAUAGCCAGUGCCUUGGGUUACCUGCACUCUCUGAACAUCGUUUAUAGAGACUUAAAGCCAGAGAAUAUUUUGCUGGAUUCACAGGGACACAUUGUCCUUACUGACUUUGGACUCUGCAAGGAGAACAUUGAACACAAUGGCACGACAUCCACCUUCUGCGGCACACCCGAGUAUCUUGCACCUGAGGUGCUUCAUAAGCAGCCUUAUGAUAGGACCGUGGACUGGUGGUGUCUGGGGGCCGUCUUAUAUGAGAUGCUCUAUGGCCUGCCUCCAUUUUAUAGCCGAAACACAGCUGAGAUGUACGACAACAUUCUGAACAAACCCCUCCAGUUGAAGCCAAAUAUUACAAAUUCUGCAAGACAUGUCCUGGAGGGCCUCCUGCAGAAGGACAGGACAAAGAGGCUUGGUGCCAAGAAUGACUUUAUGGAGAUUAAGAAUCACGUCUUCUUCUCCCUAAUUAACUGGGAUGAUCUCAUUAAUAAGAAGAUUACUCCCCCUUUUAACCCAAAUGUGAGUGGACCCAGCGACCUGCGGCACUUUGAUCCCGAGUUUACCGAAGAGCCAGUCCCCAACUCCAUCGGUCGGUCGCCCGACAGUAUCCUCCUCACAGCCAGCGUCAAGGAAGCGGCCGAGGCCUUCCUGGGCUUUUCCUACGCACCUCCCGUGGACUCUUUCCUCUGAAUGGUCUUAGGGUUGGUUGUGAAGGAUUUUACGGGCGUUUUUGAAAUGUUUUAGUUAGCCUUUUGGCAGAGCUGCCAGCUGACAGGACAUCUUAAAAGAGAAUUUGCACAUCCCUGGAAGCUUGCACAUCUUGGCAAUCUUAUUGCACACUGUUUGCUGGAAGCUUUUCGAAGAGCACAUCCUCCUCAGUGAGCUUGUGAGGUUUU